AGCUUAUGUGUACCACACCGACGAUGGGGAGACCAGCACCUCUCUGGGCUUUUACUGUACUGGCACUCACAGGAGCAACAUGCCUCCUCUUCCCUCUGCAGGUCUCUGCAUUUGGAGAUACGAAGCCGCUGUUUGUCAGGAUCACUGGGCCCGACAGGGUGACAGCAGGAGAGAAGGCCAAAUUCGAGUGCUCAGCUUACUGUACCCCUCCCUGCAACUACACCUGGUCUCUGGGUGGCGGGACUUCAAAGGGCCCGACCGUGACGCUGUACGCUGCCGGGGGCAAAGACACACUCGAUUUGGACUGCAUCGCCCUCAACCCCACAAGCAAGGAGACCACCAAAACGACCACAACCAUCAAAGUAACAAAUGUACUUUUCGUCCGGCCCGUCUCUGACAAAGAGCCUGCUCUCUCCGACCCCUUCAGCCUGACCUGUGCGGGCUCCAUCCAGCUAUCCGCUGUCCUCUGGUACAAAGACGGUGAAGUGAUGACCGGGACCGCCGAGACCACUCUAUCCGCAGACAAUUCCACGCUCUCUUUCGGUGCCCUGCUGCCUAAUCACCAGGGCUUCUACCAGUGCGUGGUUUCUGCCAACGGCAGAGAAAUUAUAGCUAAUGGAUACUCGCUUGUGUAUGGAUCACUGAGUGUCAGUAUCAGCGGGCCAGACACCAUAGAAGUUGGGAAAGAGUAUGUCUUUGAGUGCAUGCCCAAUUGUUCAAUCGGCUGCUCUGUCAGCUGGACCUUUAGAGGUGGAUUCCCGCCCGCCUACUCCUUCUCGCUGCAGAAGACUGUGAUUAAAUGGGUUCCGUCCGAACCAACAACUCAGCUCCUCACCUGCGUUGCAAGCAACACCGGUGCGGCACGAAAAGCCACAGCCACCAAGACGGUGAAAGUCAUCAAUAAACCUUCAGAUCACACAGAUCCCCCAGAAUCUGGAUCCGAGGGGCUGAAACCUGCAGUAAUCCUGUGCCUCGCCUUCACCACAGCGCUGCUGGUUCUUCUGGCCUUGUAG